AUCAAAAGUAGUGUAAGAUCCAAUUUUCAAAAUGCGUCUUUUCUGGAGCUGUAUUUUAGUAUUUAGUGUUGUUUACGUUUUCCAAUACGUUUCUUGCAUAGACUAUAGUCCUAUUGUGACUAUACCUGAUGGUCAAGUAAGAGGUAUAGAAAAUCAAACCAUUGGUGAAAAUAAAACAUAUUAUGCCUAUAAAGGUAUACCAUAUGCACAGCCACCAGUAGGAGAUCUAAGAUUUGCAGCUCCAGUUAAAAAUGAUGCUUGGUCUGAUGUGCUGAACGCCACAGGACAAAAUGAUAAAUGCACUCAGAUGGACGCAGAUAUUGUGAUAAUAGCCACGGAAUCCAAUGUUAUUGGAUCAGAAGAUUGCCUGUAUAUUGACGUAUACACAACAGAUCUCAAUUCAAGUUUACCGGUAAUGGUUUGGUUCUACGGAGGUGCUUUCUCCACGGGUUCAUCAAAUUCCUCAGGACAACCCGAUUAUUUUCUUGAUAAUGAUGUUGUUUUUGUGUCGUUCAAUUAUAGGUUAGGAGUAUUUGGAUUUUUAAGUACCGAGGAUGAUGUCAUACCAGGAAAUUGGGGACUGAAAGAUCAAAUCUUAGCUUUAAAGUGGGUUAAGGAUAAUAUAGAAUAUUUUGGUGGAAAUCCAGAAAAUAUUACGAUAUUCGGUCAAAGUGCUGGAGCUGCAUCGGUAUCGUAUAUGAUUAACACAAACCAAACUGAAGGUUUAUUUACCAGAGCUAUUAUGGAAAGCGCUUCCAGUUUAUGUCUUUGGGCUCUAACACGGGACGCAGAAAGUAAAGCUUUUGACGUUGGCUCCCAAGUUGGGGUCAGUGCAAAUGAUUCUCAGACAUUAUUGGACUCAUUGCGAGAAAUAAAUUAUAAAAAAUUGAAAGUAGCUGAAAACACAGUGACAAUAGCGACGUAUGCACUUGGUGAUAUACUGGCAGGUUUACCUUUUGGACCGGUUGAGGAACCGGACUCUUCAGAAGCAGUUGUUACAGAUCGAAGUUAUGAAAUACUGGAAUCUGGAGAUUACAACAGUGUUUCUACACUUAUCGGGUUUAAUUCAAACGAAGCAGGAGGAUAUGCAAAAUAUGUUGCUAUAGCGGCAUUGAUUCUGCUCGAAUAUGAUCUUCAAUUAUCGAGAUUUGCACCAUACGAUUUAACAGAGAACGACGAUACGCGAACAGUGGUUGGAACUGAAAUUAGACUCCAUUAUUUUGGAAUAGGUCUUAUUAGUUUGCAGGCUACAAAUCUUAUUACAUUCGUCAAUGUCGACCAGUUUAUUAGACCGAUUCGAGAAACAGUGAAUUUAAUGUCUCAGUAUGGUGAUGUUUAUUAUUAUGAAUUUUCAUACGAAGGAGAGUUAGGAGAAUCUGACCGCGAUUACGCUGGUGUUGCUCACAGUGAAGAACUUAAUUAUCUAUUUUAUACUGGUGCAGAGGCAGAUGAUGACGAUGAACUAACACGACAAAGACUAGUAUCGUUAUGGACGAAUUUUGCUAAAACAGGAGAUCCACUAUCAUUCGACAAUUAUGGGGUACUUGAAAAUGUGACUUGGAUAGCAAAUACUGCAGAAACUAACGCAACUGAUACUGUCUACUACUUAAACAUCAACGACACACUAACUUUAGAAUCUAAUCCAUUUCAAAGUGAUUGGGAGUAUUACGGUGCUGUAUAUGAUACGUACGGUAAUGACUCUUAUUACACUACGUACUAAACUGUCAAUGCAAUAAAAAAUAUGAGAGAUAAAUAAAUAUAUUAAUAGUUCUCUUUUCGUUUAAA